AUGAACGAAUCAAAGCAGCUCCCAUCAAUACCGACCCUCUUGCAGAGGAUUAAACGUGCUGUGGCCCCAUUACAGACCCUGGCGACAACAGUGACAGUAACCUCAGUAAUGACUGGAAUUAUCCCCUUGACACAGACAACACUGACAGCUGGUGGACCAGUGGUUAUGGUCUUUGGAUUCCUCCUUGUCUCCCUGAUAACAUCGACCAUUGCGCUUUCACUCGCCGAUAUUGCAUCGGGAUUCCCAUACGUCAAGGGCGGGCUCAUCGAAUACAGUCGUCGUCUGGCUCCACCAAGGCUGCGGCGGAUCUCUUCUUGGUUUGUCGGAUGGCUCCAUUUUGCUGCCUUUGUUACUGGAACUUCGAGCUGUGCAUUUGCAUUUGCAUUGUUCUCGACAGCAGCCAUCCAAAUCUCAACAGGCCAUGUCCCCCAACGCUGGAUUACGGUCUCCAUCCACAUCAUCAUUUCGACUCUGUUUGGCGCCAUCAACGCCUACAACAUCAACAUUGACUUAAUCUCUGUCGUGUGGCAUGUGUUGGGACCCAUCAUUGUGUUACUGACGAUCGCGACUGCGAACAAGGCACCGCCCUCGGCUACUUGGGUCUUUACGCAUUUUGAGAACCAGACUGGAUGGGAUAGUUCUUUCUAUGGCGCGUUCACCAUGACAGGAUACGAUGCACCAAUCCACACAAUGUACAACAUCAAAAACACCGCCUGGAAAGUGCCACAGGGGAUCUUCAUAGGCUUCCUCGUCUCCUUCACCUUGGGCAUAACCCUCAUCCUUACCCUCCUCUACGGAAUCUCUGAUCUCUCCGCCAUCGUCAACCCCACCAUCUCUGGCGUCUCUGCGAUCGAAAUCUUUUCGCACCUCGUUGGCCUGGUAUACUCGGUCCCAAUAGCACUCCGACUCUUCUACCCAAAUCCAACCCUCUUUCACCCCGGCCCCUUCUCCCUCGGCCCGCUCCGCCGCCCCAUCGCCUUCAUCGCCAUCACUUGGGCGGUCCUAGGCGUCUUCAUCUUCUCCCUCCCCAGCGUCCACCCUAUUACAACCGACAAUAUGAACUAUGCGAGCAUUCUGUUGUUGGGCACUGUGGGGUUGAUUCUUGGGUGCUGGUACUUCUCGGCACGCCACUGGUUUAGCCUUGACCUAGGAGGUGGUGAUAGUGGGCUAUUGUAUGGGUCGGAGAAGGGAUAUGGUGGAAGAGGAGCAGGGGCAAGACUUGGAGUGGGAAGUCUUGGAGGUGGAGGGUUGUGUGGAAUGUCGCGACUGGAUGGGCUAGAUCUGGAUGGAGUCGGUGAUUGCGAUGAUAAGGAUUUGGAUGAGAUUGAGCAUUGGCUUGACCACUUGGAACGCGACUUGCGUUCUCUGGAAUGA